CCUGGUGGACUACAACUCCCAGGAGGAGGUGGUGAGCAGCCAGCCUGGGACUGUCCUGUCCAUGGAGCUGAUGAUCCUGGGGCAGUAAAAGAAUGAGAAAUGAGCCCCCUGUGUAUCUUCAGCCCUCGCAUCCUUCACCCCCGAGGCUCCCACACAGCAGCGGGCACCUUUGUACCACCGUGUCCUCCCCUGGACCGGGAGAAAGUCAAGGAGUUACAGAGAUUCAUCUCCCUUUCCAAGAGACUCCUAGUGAUGACCGGAGCCGGAAUCUCCACUGAGUCAGGCAUCCCAGAUUACAGAUCAGAAAAGGUGGGGCUCUAUGCCCGGACGGACCGCCGCCCUAUCCAACAUGUGAAUUUUGUCCAAAGUGCUAAAACCCGCCAGCGCUACUGGGCAAGAAAUUUUGUUGGGUGGCCUCAGUUCUCCUCUCACCAGCCUAACGCCGCACAUUUGGCCUUGAGCAGCUGGGAGACACUCGGGAAACUCUACUGGUUGGUGACCCAAAAUGUGGAUGCUCUGCAUACCAAGGCGGGGAGUCAGCGUCUGACUGAACUCCAUGGAUGCAUGCACAGGGUUCUCUGCUUGCAUUGUGGAGAACAGACUCCCCGAGAGGUGCUGCAGGACCGAUUUGAAGCCCUGAAUUCCACCUGGGGAGCGGAGGCCCACGGCGUGGCCCCUGAUGGCGACGUCUUCCUGACGGAGGACCAGGUCCGAAGCUUCCGUGUCCCACCCUGCACCAAGUGUGGAGGCCCCCUGAAGCCAGAUGUUGUUUUCUUUGGGGACACAGUGAACCACGAUAAGGUGGAUUUCGUGCACAUGCGUGUGAAGGAAGCCGACGCCCUUCUGGUGGUAGGAUCUUCCUUGCAGGUAUACUCUGGCUACAAGUUUAUUCUUGCGGCCCAUGAGAAGAAACUACCCAUUGCAAUACUGAACAUUGGGCCCACGAGGUCAGACCAGCUGGCCUGCCUGAAGUUGGAUUUCCGAUGUGCAGAGAUCCUGCCUUUAAUAGCCCCACAGAGACCAGGGCUCGGUGCUCCUAACCCCCAAGGAGGCCCUUUACUGGACCUGAGCUGCGGAAGAACGCACCAUGCUCCUGCCUCCCAGUCCCACCUCAAAAUGGCAGAUGCUGUUUCUCAGCCAGUAGAGGGCAACCCAUGACCACAUUCAUCCAUCUCAGCAUCCUAGUUCACACCCCGGGUGGGGGGGGGGGCCAGCAUCCAAUUGUGCUGCUAUGUUCUCUACCAGGGACUUGGAAACUCUACAUUGUUUGGAGGUCGGGCGCCAAAGGAACAUCUUUGUGCCCCAGCAGCAGCUGCAUUUAAGGCAGACAACUGAUCACAAACCACAUCUCCUUCUCAGACCUGACUUUUUCAUUCUGGGUUGGCGAUGGCCCCAGUAGGGAGGCCAGCAUGGUCUCCUCGAGGAAUUGGUAGCAGUCUGAGGAAAGGGUAGGAUGAAACACUAAUUUAGUUUUAUAAUCUCAAACAGCUAAAGUUAUCUUUUAAUUGUACCAUUUCAAUCAAUCAAUAAACAUUUUUUAAAUAUCUUUAAGAAAGCAAAUGAAUAUAUUUCCUUUGGGCAGGGCAAGUAGUGAUUUAAAUGAAUUUUUAUUAAACAGGGAAUAAUCGGAGACUCCUUUUCUCCAACACACCAGGUGCAGGGUAUAUAUGGGGUUGUAUUCUAUUUCAGUCAUUAACAAGAGAAGGAGAGUUUGUGGUGGAAAUCUCCAGAGAUUUCUCUUUGGUCCCAGAGACCAGUGCCAACCACCUGCCUUAAAGCCCAAACUGGAGGAGGAAAAACAGUGAAAUUCCAAUUGUUCACUAACGUUCAUUGUUUCUGCUCAGAAAGCAGUGGGUCUUGUUGGGUUACAGAGACUUAGGAGGUACAGCUCAGACUUUCUAAGCAGUCUUAAUCAGCAAAGGAAAGAGAAUGAAAGAACUUCAGGCGUCUAAAUGGAAGUCUUCUGUCUAAAAUGAGGGCAGGCAAUACGAGCCUGUUGGACAAAUACCGGGGAAACAAAUGUGCCUUUACAUCACCAGAUUUUUGGAAACAUACUGAACUUUUUCACCUGAAUAGAUGAAUAUAUUCUACAGGCAUCAAAUGAUUAACUCUUCUAGCGCCCCGUGUGAAGUGUGGCUGUUGUCAAACCCCAGUGCAGCUGGGCUGAAACUGGGGAGGGUAAGGACACGUUGAACCUGGAACAAUUAUGCAAUGAGUCCACAAUAGCAAAAUAAUUAGAAUCAAGGACUCCUGAGCCCCACCACUGUUCUUGAUACACAGAAAAUAAAGCUGUUUUUCUUCUA